AUGUCGACCACGAUUGAUAAGAUCAAGGAGGUCGAGUCCGAGAUGGCUCGGACUCAGAAGAACAAGAACACAUCCUUCCACUUGGGACAAUUGAAGGCAAAGCUUGCUAAGCUCAAGCGAGAGUUGUUGACCCCAACUGGAGGUGGUGGCGGUGGUGGUGCCGGUUUCGAUGUUGCGCGUACUGGUGUUGCCAGUGUUGGCUUCAUUGGUUUCCCCUCCGUCGGCAAGAGUACUCUGAUGAGCAAGCUGACUGGCCAGCACUCGGAAGCUGCCGCAUACGAGUUCACGACCCUCACGACUGUGCCCGGACAAGUGAUGUACAAUGGUGCCAAGAUUCAGAUUCUCGAUCUUCCUGGUAUUAUCCAGGGUGCGAAGGAUGGCAAGGGUCGUGGUCGUCAGGUCAUUGCAGUGGCAAAGACCUGCCACCUUAUCUUUAUCAUUCUCGACGUAAACAAGCCCUUGGUCGACAAGCGAGUUAUCGAGAACGAAUUGGAGGGCUUCGGUAUUCGAAUCAAUAAGUCGCCUCCCAACAUUGUGUUCAGGAAGAAGGAUAAAGGCGGUAUCGCGAUCACCAGCACUACUCCAUUGACCAACAUCUCUCCAGAGGAAAUCAAAGCUGUGAUGAACGAGUACAAGAUUUCGUCUGCUGACAUUUCCAUCCGAUGUGAUGCGACUAUCGAUGAUCUGAUUGAUGUUUUGGAAGCCAAGAGCCGAGCCUAUAUCCCCGUCGUCUACGCACUCAACAAGAUCGAUGCUAUCUCGAUUGAGGAGCUGGAUCUGCUUUACCGCAUUCCCAAUGCCUGCCCUAUCAGUUCAGAGCACGGCUGGAACAUUGACGAGCUGCUGGAGAUGAUGUGGGAGAAGCUCAGCCUGCGGAGAAUCUAUACCAAGCCCAAAGGCCGCGCACCCGACUACACAGCACCCGUGGUGCUUCGUGCUUCGGGCUGCACCGUGGAGGACUUCUGUAAUGCCAUUCACCGAACGAUCAAGGACCAGUUCAAGCACGCUAUUGUGUAUGGCCGCUCUGUCAAGCACCAGCCGCAGCGAGUCGGUCUUUCGCACGAGCUUGCUGAUGAAGAUAUCGUGUCAAUUGUGAAGCGAUAA